CGUCUAGACACCUUCCCCCUCUGACUCAUUCACGUUGAAUGAUGACACAUUUGGCUGCUAACUAUUGGAAGAAAAUUAUAACCACUAACCCCCGAACGCGUGUAACUCAACUGCAACACGUUCACAAAGAUUCAGCAAGAGCAAUCUCUUCGAAAGUUAUUAAUUUCAGUUACCCUGUGUAAAACUCUCCUCGUAGAACAGUUAAGCUGACUAAUAAGUUAUAAGUUUACUUACAGAAAUUGUUCAUCUUCAGUCAACUUUAAAAUCCAUGAGGAUGACUUUGUGUAAAGGCUAUUUCUCAAUGUUAAUGCACAGUUUACUAUUCAUAUCGACCGAUAGUUUCACAAACUCUGGUUUCCAUCCAGUUGACACCAUUGGAAAACACGAUUGCUCUUGCUUCGGAAACAAUCAUCGAUGGGUAGAUCAACAGGCAAAACAAGUAUCAACAUUCGGACUUUGUCCAUCAGCAGUCACUGGAAUGAUACUUGUCAUGAUUAUUCUCAAUAUCAUCGUCUUUAAGCUGAGUCAACUUCAAGAAACCAACGACAAAAAACCACCAUCUUUCUCACAGGAACAUCUAUGCCGCCGGUUUCCGUUUACAGAGAUGAAAUUGGCAACAAACGAUUUCGGUGAAGAUAUGGUUAUAGGAAAAGGUGGAUUUGGUAAGGUGUAUAAAGGUGUCAUCGACUAUGGUGCAACUAGGGUUGCAAUCAAGAGGAUGGAUUCUCGAUCUAAUCAAGGAGCCACUGAGUUUUGGAACGAGAUCAAGAUGCUCUCCAAGUUCCGACACAACCACCUCGUCUCUCUUGUCGGAUACUGUGAUGAGUUCAAUGAAAUGAUCAUAGUAUACGAGUAUGUCUCAGGUGGAAACCUCGGAGAACGCUUGCAUAAAGUUUCUGAAAAGAUUAAAAACUCUCCACUUUCUUGGGUCGAGCGUCUGAAAAUAUGUAUAGGGGCUGCACGUGCAUUAGAUUAUCUUCACACUGGAACAAACUCCCACCACCGAAUCAUACAUAGGGAUGUGAAAAGCUCAAAUAUACUCUUGGAUGAAUACAUGGAAGCUAAGGUUUCGGAUCUUGGGGUGUCGAAAAUUGGUCCAUUAGGUCAACCUUUCACCCAUGUGAGCACAGAUGUAAAAGGCUCAUUCGGGUAUUUCGAUCCGAACUACUUCAUGACACGAAGACUCACAAGGAAAUCCGAUGUUUAUUCAUUUGGGGUUGUGUUAUUGGAGGUUUUGUGUGGGCGUCCUGCGAUUGAUCCAACUCUUGUGGACAAUGAACUCGGUCUAGUUGGGUGGGCCAUGGGGUUCAUCAAAGAAGGAGAUUUAAGUCAUAUAAUUGACCAGGGUUUGAAGGGCCAAAUCAUCCCUGAUUGCUUAAAAGCUUUUGUGGGAAUCACAGAAAAAUGCUUAAAGACUCGUCCAAAAGAACGCCCGACUAUGACGGAGGUGGUAGUCGAACUUGAAGCUGUGUUGGUGAUGCAAGAGAAAGCGAAUUCUUUUAUACUCGAAAGUUGUAGUCGUUAUGAGAACGAAGAACGAGGGAAUUUGUAUCUAAAGAGUGGAAAGAUAACUUUCUCAAAAAUGUUCCGAAGUAUGUUUCCAGUGAAAACCUCUGCCACACCUGUCGAUCGACCUGAAAAGAAGAAAGGGCAAAGUAUAUGCCUUCUUCCAUGUACAUUGUCUAACAAAGACCAGUUGCAAAGCAAGACAACAAAUAGUUUCCAUGAAGUUAAUUUCAAAGGUGAAGGAAUAAAUUCUCGUUUGAAAGUAUUCACUGUAGCUGAACUUAAAAUUGCUACUAGGAACUUUAGUCAUGAUAUGAUUGCGGGUGAGGGAGCCUUUGGAAAAGUUUUCAAUGGUUGGGUCGAUCAUGAAACAUUUGCUCCUUCAAAAGUUGCUUCUGGGAUGGCUGUUGCUGUUAAAAAACUCAAUACUGAUGGUUAUCAAGGAUUCGAAGAAUGGCAGGCGGAGGUGAAGAUUUUAGGCAGGUUGAAUCAUCCAAAUCUAGUCCAUUUAGUAGGAUAUUGUUGCGAAGAUAAGGACCUAUUCCUCAUUUAUGAAUUUCUAAACAAAGGGAGCCUAGAAAAUUACAUAUUAAAAAAAGGAUCUGGACUAGAGCUCUCAUGGUCAAUGCGACUCAAAAUCAUGAUCGGAACAGCUCGAGGACUUGCCUUUCUUCAUAGCACCGAGAACCAAAUCAUAUUUCGUGAUUUGAAGAGUUCUAACAUAUUGCUUGAUCAGGAUUUCAAUGCAAAAAUCUGUGAUUUUGGUUUGGCAAUACAUGGUCCAACGAUUGGUGAUACACAUAUUAUGACAGAUGUAAUGGGGACACAUGGGUAUGUCGCUCCUGAGUACGUUGCAACAGGUCAUUUGAAUGGGAAGAACGAUGUAUAUGCUUUUGGAGUGGUGUUAUUGGAAACUCUUACGGGCCUACGGGCUAUUGACAAGACACGGCCCAACAAGGAGCAAAAUCUGGUGGAAUGGAUAAGGCCGAAGCUACAUAGCAAAAGAAAGGUGAAAAAAAUAGUGGACCCGAGCCUUGGUCAAGACUACCCGUUGAAAGGUGCCUAUGAGUGUGCUGUACUUGUUCUAAAAUGUACUCAAGCUGAAUCAAUACAAAGACCAUCUAUUGAACAAGUUUUACAGAGCUUAGAAGGAAUUAGUGGUAUCAUAUGAUCCGGUAAUUGUUUGUUAGUGUACUCGAUAUGAAACCUGAUAAUUUGUAUUUUACCAAUUUUGGCUUCAUAAUACUUGUUUCAGUUUAUAAUAGUCAACAGUAAGUUAUUUAUUUUUUUA